GAUUGCCGAUUGUGUUACUAGUGUACGCCACCAUAGCACCCAAGUUUGGAGGUUUCGCAUUUCCUCCCAAGGAAAGAACAACUCGAUUGUGUGCAGAAAGAUGGCUGAUGCUAUUGAGAAACGUUGAUAGAAUUACGAUAACGGCACAGAAAGAUUGCCUUGGGGUUUUUGCGUCAUCACGAAACUAAUCGACCGACAUUCACAGAUCCAACAGAGAGAAGCAAGGAAAACCGUCUCCAACCAAUAUCUACAACUAAGCGCGAAGAGGCUUUUUUAACAAAUCGAAAUCGUAUAUUUCCAUCACUAGAGAGCAAAGCAUCACCAGCAAUAUGAGUGGAACGAUAUAUUUUUCCCAUACCCUUCAUUAUAGCGCACCAAAUCAGGUUCCGCAGUCCCCACAUAAUCUUUGUUUUGGCACCUGUCCCAGUGGAACAAUGACCACGCGUGCUGGUGUUGGUACUUGUUUUGGGUAUCUCAAAAUCAAAUACGUAAUCCCGGCAACCAUGCAGAAGUAAGACUAGACGCUUGCAUCAUUGAUGGUAUAUAUCUACCUUCGCUACUCUUACACCUCAGGCUCGGGUGUUUCCGAUUUCUUUUUCUGAUAUCCAACUCUUGCACUAGGUCCUAUCACCCUCAUCCAGAUCAUAUGCAUUCUAGUAUUCGACGCAUUGCGUACUUACCAGAUACCACAGAAGGUAGACAAAUUCUCUUUCGGUUCCAGUACGCCUUCCUCCAUGGUCUUUGUUUCAGAGUUGGGCGAUCGCUAGCGACGGGCAUCAACGAUCAAGUUGCAUGGUCCCUCACUUUACCACACAAGAGCAGAACUACUGGUGGUCCAUCAUUGUUUGGAUUUCCAGAUCAUGCAUAUCUUGCAAUAGCUUCUCAUGCUUUAGAUCAAUUGAAUGUCCCAAAUGAUCUACAAAUUUGUCGUCAAUGGAUUAUCCAGGAUCAAGGUUUGUCAGCAGGAUCUAUGGCAUCAAGUGGAAAUCCUUUAGGCCAUCCCGCAGCCGGAUGGACGGGAAUGGGAGCACCAUUUGCAUCAACAUCCCAUUCUGUGCCUGACGAGAUUAUUUGCUACAAUGCAGAGUCGUCAAUGGGAAGAAUGAUCGACCACUACUCCCAAUUCUUAGAACCUGUAAUAAACUGUUGUGCAGAUGAAAAGGAAUGUGCCAUUUGCCUCGAUGUUAUGUCGCCAUCAUCAUUGACUGAUACGACUAAUAUUGUCUGCCUACGAAAAUGUAAACAUCGUUUCCACAAAUCAUGCAUCAUUGGAAUGCUUGAGCAAAAUCAUACCAAGUGCCCAUUUUGCCGUGAAACGAUAGCUGCCGAGUCCCAAGGGCUGAGUCCGUCGGGUAAACUGACUAUAUCCCUUGAUCUUUCGAUACGGUGUCAGGGAUCUGAAUACGACAGCGAUGGUGUAAUCGUCUUACAAUACAGUAUGCCGGAAGGAAUUCAGGCUCAUUACAUGGAAAAUCCUUUUAUGCGAUAUGCAGGCACCAGCCGCAGAGCUUAUUUGCCUCAUAAUGAAAGUGGUCGAGCGCUACUUAAGCGAUUAAAAUAUGCAUUUACGCACGGGCUGACCUUUCGUGUCGGGACGAGCUUGACUACGGGAAAACAGAAUCAAAUCACGUGGGCCAGCAUCCAUCACAAGACUAGUUUACGUAGUGGUCCACAUGGUUAUCCAGAUCCACAGUAUUUACGUAACUGCAACGACUCACUGGAUGCCCUUCACGUGCCAAAAGGGGAGGACUGUCCAUGAACUUUUUAACAUGGAAAAUUUGACAUCAAUAAAGGGAACAAUUCGAAGAGGAGAAUUGCAGUUCGACAGCAAAUCAAAUGGAAGCGUAAAAGCCAUUUCAUGUUUAUGAAAACAAAACGUUGCUUAGACCUGCUACUACUAGUGAAAAGGACUAAAUCUCUUACAUAAGAAGGUAGACUAUAUGGCUUCCAUUCCUGCACCAAAUGAAUUGGCGAAUGUAUAGCACUGGGUCAUAUCUAGUGCAUUCGGCGGAGGUUUUGAAUCUUCAAUAGAAAGGUCUGGGAUAGCCGGUACCUCAUUCCGUUCCAGCACACAAAUAUGCAUUUCACAGUGAAUGGACUGCAAUAAUCGAUACAACUGAGGGAAGCAGGCUUCGUCUUUAUUUUGGUUUGGAUCCCCACAAAAAUGCAAGUCGGCCAUUGCUUGCGGCAAGAAUUGAGUGCGGAAUAAGUUGGCUUCUUCGAUAGGUUGAAUGUCUUCUAUAAUCAAGAUUCCACCAGGCUCAAUUCUCGGAAACCAGAAAAAUACGCUAUGGACCAUGUGUUUUGCGAGGUGAGAACCAUCAUCGACAACAAUUUUGAGCGGUGGUGGUGUGCCUGAAGUAGAACCACCAAGUAGUUUAUUUCUUCGAUAAAUUUUCUCGUUCCAGAUUUGGUACAGCCAGUCGACAUCACUAGCGUCCCCACAGUGCAGUAAAUUUCGAUCUAGGAGAUUUUGAUAUUCUUUGCUUUCUUUCGCAAAAUUUCCCCAUGGCCACUUUCCUUCUGCCCGAGGACCUUGUUCGAUACAACUAAUUUCAAUAGAGUGCAAUUCAGCACCAGGAACGCCGGCGAAGAACUUUUUAUAAGUAUCAUAUCCGAAACCCAGAUUCUAUUGUUUAUGGAAUUGGAUUGAAAAGGAAACAAAAGAGAAGAAAUGGGUAAGUUGGAAGACAAGUACAUCACAUCAAUUCAGAUCUACCCGAAAUACUCUGUUGGUCAUAAUACUCACAUAUCCAAUUUCCACUAGUUGAAAACUUUCAUCGGGAUUCAAAAACGUAGAUAAUUUUUUCUGAUACAAUGUGUGAUAAAAAUGCCCCCAAGGACGACAUUUUUCUCGCUCACAUGAUGGCCGAGUGCAUGUGGAGUCGUCUUGUAGACAAGAUGGUAAAUACGCUACGCCCUUGACCUUGUCGGUGCCUGUUGUACGUGCCAGCUCGAAAAAAGAAGGUUCCUCGUAGGACGAUCGUUUCAUCAUUGGCUUUAGCUGGGAUUCCUUUGAUGCCGACUCGUUUAUAUCGAGUCUACCCUUGCUCUUGCUGCAGCUGUUGUCGGUCUGAGUUUUAUUGUUUCCGAUCAAAAUCGAAGUAUCAGAGUCGUUUUUGGUUUCAAGAUCUAACAAGGAUGAUUUCUCAAUCCGCAGUUUUGGACGGUUUAUUAACUGCUGCGACUCAUUGAAAUCUUGCCGCAAAUGCUGCGUCUGAAGCUUAGGUAGGAAAGAGCGUUCAAGUUUAGAGCCUGCGUAGAGGUUUACGACUACUAAGGAUGUAACUAGGGUUCCGACAACUACUCCGAAAAGGAAAGCGAAGACUUUCCCUCUAGCUCCACUUGCUCCAUUUUUUCUCGUCAUCUUCAAUUUUAUCUGCCGAUGUUUUAUUGUAUGCUCCUAAUGCGAACUGGUACCUUUAAUGAAUUCUGCGGUUUGAC